AUGGCCCUACGCCUGAGAAGUAGCAAGGAUGUCAAGAAGAGCUUCUAUUACGUCUGGUACCUUGGCGCGAGAGAGGCUAAGGGAGUGGACGCGAUGCCCGGUGCCAUAGCUUACCUGCUGGAGCGGGAACGACUUCAAGAACCUUUCAAGGUCACACUGCAGGUUAGCAACAAAGGUCUAAAGAUUAUACAAACGGUUCACCCGGGUGGUUCGACGAGGUCGGCGGUGAAACACUUGGUACCAGGUCACGCAGUGCUGGCAGCCGUGCAACGGGAGGACAUCGUAGCCGCGACUCUCCUUCUGCCGAAUCCUGCAACAAACAAUCCUGUACACGUGCACGCAUACAGAUGCGAUUCAGUCGAGACCGCCGAAUUGUUGGGUGGCCAGUUGAAAGCGUUGGCGUCACACACCGACAAUUUGGCCAGGGUCACGGCGAGCGAAGGCAGAAUCCGCAGCAAUCUAGGCAGCGACGGUCGAAGUACCAGAGAGUCCGAGUCUUCUGAAGGCAGCGGUGAGCUCAGACACGAUCCGGUCCAAACCACGACCAUUUACGAGUCUCUGGCCGCGGAGCUGCGGGCGAAAUUAGGCAGAGGUAAUUCCGACGACAAUGACGUCGGUCCGAUAUUACUGCCGCCGCGCGACUAUGACACCGUCCACAGACACCGCGGCAAUUUGGCCGGCAUCGAGUUUAGACGUUGCUUAAAUCAGACUAUCGUGGGUGGUAGCACGGCCAUUGACAGGAGUGGCACGAGGAGUGCAGCCAGCAGCGGCAUAGGAUCCGAUAGCGCGGCAACGCCACCGCCUUAUCAGACGCAUCAUCCCCUCGGCCAGAGACCGUCCAGACCAUCCAGAGAUUCUUCUUCCGAUGACGAUUGGGGUGCGCUAAACGAGGAGAAUGAUUAUUUGCCGGAAGUGGAAACAGCUGCAUCGAGUCUGACGUUGCCGCGACUGCCGCGAAGCCCUGAAAGACUAUCCAAUCAAGCGAACAGAGGAAUUUCGCCCAACUGUAACAGGAAUCGACGAGCGGCGGAGUUUAGACAGCGAUCGCCGAGUCCUCAAUAUCAACCGAGGGUCAAUCCCGGCGAGGUGACCAGUCCCAGAGAAAGGUUCCAAGAUGCCAAGGAAAUGUUUAGGGCUAUGGAGAGGGAGGCCAUCGCCAGACCCGUUUUCUCCAAACAGAGAGACAUCGAGCAUCAUCCUGUACACAGGGUCGAAUCGGCCAGACAAGUCCACGAGGAUCGAUCCGGUCGUCAAUAUCCGACGAGCAUGCACUCCAUGUCUUCACAUGAUCAUGUAAUGAGACGAAAUCAGCCGGACGCGCUGGAUCGUGAAAAUGGUGUGUCUUAUAAGGGCAGAUCGCGACCCAGGACUCAUCAUUAUGCAAAUGAACGUUCAUCUGAACCGGAGAUUUCGAGGCCACGACCGAGAAGCUUCUAUGAAAAUCCGGCGAUCGGCAGGGAUUUCAGAGAUCAAAGGAAUCCCAUCGAUCAGAGAGAACAGGUGCGAGAGUUUCGAGAACAUAUGCAGCACUCGCGAGAAUUGCGUGACAAGCUGCGGACGAGGAGCGCGACUUAUCAGGAGCUGUCGGAGCAUGAAAGAUACCCCGGACUUGACCGCGAAAGUGCCAGACCUGCGUUAGAGAUGAUCCCGACACCUGGUAGAUACCGUCACAGCUAUGCCGAGCCGCCGAGACUCGGUCUGGCCGCGCUCCAUCCCUAUUGAUGCAUUAAUUUUUGUUAAUUGAUGAAUUAUUUAAUUAAUCGACAUGUCGCGUUAUAUCAUACUGUUCGUGUAUUGCGCCUUGACCGUUCAGUAUGCUCGUGGUUAUAAUGGCCUUUAUCCUGCCCCAUAAAAUGAGGGAGGAGGAAGGAGAUGGAAGAUCUGCGAGAUAUGGAUAUUUUCUAUUUUUCGAUUUUUGGAGGCCAAAUAACAAGGAAGUAAAUUUUUAAUUAAUAUUAAUAUCAUUCGUCACCGUCGAUUGCUCACAUAAUUAAAGGCUGCAAAAACGAAUAAUUUAAUACGAUAUAAUCCAUUGUUGGUAAACUAAAUAUUACUCGUAAUACUUAUUAAAUACUCUUAUUAAACUUGAUAUAACAAUUUUUCAGAUUUUAAAAUUAAUUGCAGAUAUGCAUCUAUAACGAUUUGAUUAUGCUACUGAACAGUCAAUGCAAAUUAAAGAUUGUAUAUGUAUGUAACGAGAGUAAAUGAAGCUUGUAUAUGUAUCACACUUUUAAUGAAUCUAAUUAUGAUUUUGUGUAUCGUUGUUAUCGAGUAUAAACAGAGGAUCUCGUUAACAAAAUGGUUCUAAUUAAUAGCGAAAUGCAACACAAUUCCAACAUAUGUACAUGCUAUCUUGUUACGCGUCAGAUGCCACACUAACAAUAUAAUAAUAAUAGUAACAACAUAAUAAUAUUGAUAAUAACAGUACCAAUAAUAAUUAUAAUAA